UUGCGUCGCAACUGUGAGAUCUGUCUGUCAAUGGUAGCGUCAUGGGUCAUGGAUCGCGCUGCUAGUGUAGAUAUCGGCACCAUUCGGGGAUUUCCCCCACUCCAACGAUUGAGCGGUCUAGCAGGGGUUUGAAAGAACAGAAAUGCUAACCUUGACGCAGUGCCAUGGUAUUGGCUGCGUAAUAGUUAGAUCGAACUCGUUGACAUGAAGCAAGCAUGGCAUCUCGGCUUGAUCGGCUUGUUACGAUUCUCGAAACGGGUAGCACCCGAUUGAUACGAGAUACAGCUGUCAAUCAGCUUGCUGACUGGCAGAAAGCGCACCCUGAGGAGCUUUUCAAUCUCUUGUCCAGGGUCGUUCCAUAUCUCCGUCAUAAAGACUGGGAAACCAGGAGCACUGCUGCCAAGGCGAUAGGGAAAAUCAUCGAGAACGCGCCGCAGUAUGAUCCUAAUUCAGAAGAAGGACCCAAUGAGCCAGACCCUGCCGAGAAUGGGAAUGGCUUUGUCAAGAAAGAGGAGGAAAGGGACUCGGUCUUCGACCAUGGGGAAACCUUGCACCUCGAAACCCUUGACAUCGCCUCUAUCCUCAGGUAUGGGCGCCAGCUUCUUCGCGGCGGCACCGUGGACUAUGCCCUCGCCGCUCUAGAGCCGCAGAAGCGUCUAGCCCAUCUGAAAAAAACGAUAAAUGGCAGGCUUGGGCUGCUCGGUCGGGUUUUUGAGGAUGAAGAGAUACCCAUCCUUUGUGAGCAAGCCUUCAGCCCUGGAACACCUCAGGACUCGGCUGGCGCAAAUGGUUUCGGCAGGCAAGACAGCAUGGCCAACGACAGCCAGAGCCAGAAUCUGGAUGAAAGUAAGCUCAGCACGCGGCAACUGAACGUGCUGAAACGGAAGCGAAAGCGGGAGGCUCAAAAGGCCGCACAAGGAAAAAGCGGAUUUGGAGAUCUCUCGAUUCGCCGGUCUACAACAGCGGGCUCCGAAGCCUUCGCCGAUGACACUCCUAUGCCAGAUGCCGAUUCCAAGAAGAAUGGCAAAAUGGCAGAUUACUUCAGUCUCGAUAGGCCUGUUGAUGUUGAUGAAGACACCAAGGUCGUUUCAGAAUUCAAAGGACCCAUCAUUCCUAUUAAGUCUGAGCUCGAGGUGGACGACAGCAUGGAGGGCAGCGAAUGGCCGUACGAGCGGCUUUGCGAAUUCCUCAAGGUCGACUUGUUCGACCCCCAGUGGGAGACGCGUCACGGCGCGGCCAUGGGCCUGCGGGAGGUCGUGCGAGUCCAGGGCGCUGGCGCCGGAAGGCGGAAAAACAAAUCUCGCAAAGAGAACAACGACCUUAAUCGGCAAUGGCUGGACGACCUAGCGUGCCGCCUCUGCUGCGUGCUCAUGCUUGACAAGUUCACCGACUACAGCUCCGACACGUCUGUAGCCCCCAUCAGGGAGACUGUUGGCCAGACGCUCGGGUCUGUCCUCCGCCACGUUCCCCCGCAGUCCGUUCACGCCAUCUAUCGACUGCUCUACCGCAUGGUGAUGCAGGAGGAUCUGCAGCUGGAGCAGCACAUGUGGGCCAUUUGCCAUGGAGGCAUGGUGGGCCUGAGGUAUGUCGUCGCCGUGCGAAAAGACCUCUUACUCCAAGACGGGGACAUGAUUGACGGCGUCAUCCGCUCCGUCAUGAAAGGCCUUGGCGACAUGGACGAUGAUGUCCGCUCUGUUAGUGCGGCCACGUUGAUUCCCAUGGCCAAGGAGUUCGUAAUGAUGCGCCGUGAUGCUCUUGACGGCCUCAUCAACAUCGUCUGGGAAAGUCUCUCUAACCUAGGCGAUGACCUGAGCGCCUCAACCGGCAAGAUCAUGGACUUGCUUGCCACACUCUGCAGCUUCCCUGAAGUCCUGGAAGCCAUGAAAGUCUCUGCAUCUCAAGAUGAGGAGAGAUCUUUUACUCUCCUUGUUCCUCGCCUCUAUCCUUUCCUACGGCACACCAUCACUUCAGUACGGCUUGCUGUAUUGAAGGCCUUGAUGACAUUCGCGGAUCUUGGGGGUGAGACCUCGCAAGGGUGGCUGAAUGGGAGAAUCCUGCGCCUGGUUUUCCAGAAUAUCCUAGUCGAGAGGGACCAAGACACGCUGGCCAUGUCCAUACAGCUAUGGACGGCACUUGUGCGCAACCUAGCUCGGACGCCUGCAGUCCUUGCUGACGAGUUUGAGCCGCAUGUGGAUGCGCUCAUGCAGCUAACGCUCCAUCCCAUCGGUGUCCCCCGCCAUCCGAUUCCCAUGAACGCCGCCCUUUUCCAGAAACCCUCUGGCGGAACAUACUCCAUUCCUGGCAAUGCACCGGUUGGCAGCAGACGUGCAUCGCCGCCCGAGGGAGCAGAGAGAGCUAUGAAGCGUCGUAGAAAGUCGACAAAGGUGGACGAUAUUCCAACCACCACCCAGACUCACGACGUUGACGGCCACAUGAUUCAAGGCGAUGUUGACCUGGUAGGCAUGGAUGUGCUGGUGCGAUCGCGUGUCUCGGCAGCCAAGGCUAUGGGUCUUAUCAUGUCCUUGCUACCGCCGUCCAACCUGAGCUCGUAUGACAGCGGCAUUCUACAAGGUCUCACCUCCCCGUUUGCCUCGACGCAGCUUACCGCUGCCAUGAUUAUCGACGAGUACGCGAAGAAUUGCCCGGCAAGUGGUAUGGCCGCCCGUUUCAUCGAGCCCUUGCAGCGGAUUAUCGACCAAGACCGCCCGUCGCAUUAUAGAGAUUUGGUGAGCUAUGUACAGCGAGUGCGUUCGCAGUCGCAGCAGCUCGUCAACCUCUUCCGUGAUCACGGCAAGGUUGCUUUCAACAAACUUCCCACUCUUGCUGUCGUUGUCCAAGGCGAACCAGAAGCAGGGCCUGGGGCAUUCUCCGUCGCAAAUGCUGAAAAGGUUGUGGGCGAUGAUUUUGAGAGGCUCAAGAAGGCCAUGGCACCAGGUCAAAGACUGAUCGCUCUCCCGCAACUCAACGAGGCCCGGGAGGCUACUGUCGCGGUGAUUGAGGAAGCGAAGUCGGCCAAGGAGACCCGCGACGCGCGUAUCCGAGCCGCAGCCGCCUGCGCCUUGGUCGCAAUGGAAGUCCUCCCUAAGAAGCCGAGUCCUCUCAUCAAGGCCAUCAUGGACAGCAUCAAGACGGAAGAGAAUCAAGAGUUGCAGAGCCGUUCGGCUAACACAAUCGCGCGGCUUGUGCAACUCUUCACUAAUUCUGGCCGCCAGGUCCCGGCCGACAAAGUCGUUGCGAACUUGGUCAAGUUCUCGUGCGUCGAAGUGGCGGAAACUCCCGAGUUUCCGAACCAUGCCCUCAAAACCAAUGUCAUUCUCUCGAUGCAGAAGGAAGAAGACCGAGUUGAUCAUGCGGACGCUGCCAAAUUUGCUCGAGAGGCUAGAGCCGCCCGCAUCACCCGUCGUGGCGCCCAAGAAGCGCUGGAAAUUCUGUCCCGGACUUUUGGUGCGGAUCUUUUGAAUCAGGUUCCGAGUCUGCAGGCAUUCAUGGAAGAGCCACUGGUGAAGGCUUUCUCCGGCGACCUUCCGUCAGAGGCCAGGGAUCCGGCGAAUACCUUUGGCCAGGAAAUUGUCGAUGCCAUGUCUGUGAUUCGAACCAUGACCCCGACGCUGCACACGGCGCUUCACGGCUUUGUCAUGCGGCAAGUGCCGUUGAUUAUCAAGGCCUUACACUCCGAUCUGUCUGUGUUUCGCUACAUGGCUGCUAAAUGCAUGGCGACGAUAUGCAGCAUUAUUACGGUCGACGGCAUGACUGCCUUGGUCAAGGAGGUUUUGCCACAAAUCAGCAAUCCGCUCGACCUCAACUUCCGCCAGGGUGCCAUCGAGGUCAUAUAUCACCUCAUCGCCGUUAUGGGCGACCGCAUUCUUCCAUACGUCAUUUUCCUCAUCGUUCCGGUGCUAGGCAGAAUGAGUGAUUCGGACAACGAGAUUAGACUGAUUGCGACGACUUCUUUCGCUACCUUGGUCAAGCUAGUCCCACUCGAAGCCGGUAUUCCGGAUCCCCCAGGACUUUCACAAGAGCUCUUGCAAGGCCGCGACAGGGAGAGAGCAUUCAUCGCGCAGCUCCUAGAUCCCAAGAAGGUUGAACCUUUCCAGAUUCCGGUCGCCAUCAAGGCAGAACUCCGCUCGUAUCAGCAAGAGGGCGUCAACUGGCUCAACUUCCUCAACAAAUACCAUCUGCACGGCAUUCUCUGUGACGAUAUGGGGCUUGGAAAGACUCUGCAAACGAUUUGCAUUGUUGCAAGCGAUCAUCACCGGCGUGCAGAGGCCUUUGCGAAGACAGGUGCGCCGGAUGUCAGAAGACUUCCGUCCCUGAUCGUUUGCCCCCCAACCCUUUCCGGGCAUUGGCAGCAGGAAAUCAAGACGUACGCCCCCUUCCUGAGCGUCACAGCGUACGUCGGCCCGCCUGCGGACCGCAAGGCCAUGAGAGAUGCGCUGGACAAGACCGAUAUCGUGAUCACUUCGUACGACGUCUGCAGAAAUGACAUUGAUGUCGUUGAGAAGUAUAACUGGAACUACGUGGUGCUGGACGAAGGUCACUUGAUCAAGAAUCCCAAGGCAAAGAUAACGAUGGCCGUCAAGCGGCUCAUCAGCAACCACCGGCUCAUAUUGACGGGCACUCCAAUCCAAAAUAAUGUGCUCGAGCUGUGGUCUCUAUUCGAUUUCCUGAUGCCUGGAUUCUUGGGCGCGGAGAAGGUGUUCCUUGACCGGUUCGCGAAGCCGAUCGCAAACAGCAGGUACAGCAAAGCCUCGUCGAAGGAGCAAGAAGCUGGCGCGCUGGCCAUCGAAGCGCUGCACAAGCAAGUGUUACCCUUCUUGCUGCGGCGACUAAAGGAGGAAGUGCUUGACGAUCUACCGCCAAAGAUCCUACAAAAUUACUAUUGCGAUCUGAGUGAUCUGCAGCGGAAACUCUUUGAGGAUUUCACUAAGAGAGAAGCCAAGAAGAUAACGGAGGAGGCUGGGAAGGACGAUAAGGAAGCCAAGCAGCACAUCUUCCAGGCGCUACAAUACAUGCGCAAGCUCUGCAACUCACCUGCUCUCGUCAUGAAGCCGGGGCACCGGGCAUAUGAGGACACGCAACGAUUCCUGGCCAAACAGAACACGAGUCUCGAGGAUCCGACGCAUGCGCCCAAGCUCGGGGCGCUGAGGGAUCUCCUUGUUGAUUGCGGCAUUGGUGUCGAGGGCCAGGAAUCCUCAGACCCGCUGUACACCCCCAUCAAGCCGCACCGGGCUCUGAUCUUCUGUCAGAUGAAGGAGAUGCUUGACAUGGUGCAGAACACAGUCCUGAAGAUCAUGCUCCCGUCGGUGCAAUACCUCCGCCUGGAUGGGUCGGUCGAGGCCAACCGGCGCCAAGAUAUUGUCAACAAGUUCAACAGCGACCCGUCAUACGACGUGUUGCUUCUCACGACGAGCGUAGGUGGCCUUGGAUUGAAUCUUACCGGAGCCGACACUGUCAUUUUUGUCGAGCACGACUGGAACCCGCAGAAGGACCUACAGGCCAUGGACCGGGCGCACCGAAUCGGGCAGAAGAAGGUGGUAAACGUGUAUCGGCUGAUCACGCGAGGCACGCUCGAGGAGAAGAUUCUCAGCCUGCAGCGGUUCAAGAUCGACGUGGCCAGCACGGUUGUGAACCAGCAGAAUGCGGGGCUGGCUACGAUGGACACGGACCAGAUUCUGGACCUGUUCAAUCUGGGAGACGCCGGGCCGAACCUAAUUUCUGACAAGAAAGAGAGCCUGGAGGGGAGAGAAGAAGACAUGGUGGACAUUGAGACGGGCGAUGUCCGGCAGCCCGGCAAGAAGGCAGCUUGGCUCGAGGGCCUGGGGGAGCUCUGGGAUAACGCGCAGUACGAGGAGAGCUUCGAUCUGGACGGCUUCUUGAAAACGAUGCAGUAGGGAAUUAAAGGCGGGGGCGUUACGGCUGG